UCUAUAUAUAUAUAUAUGUAUAUAUAUAUAGAAAUGUAUUUAUACGGACUCGAAUCUGAUGGGCUGGUAUUAGUAAAUGUCAAUAAAAUAUCUGCUAGAUACCCGUGUGCGUUCAUAUAAAGCAGAAUAAAUUGAACAGAAAAAAAAAAAAAAAAAAAUUUCAACCAUCUCGCUCUUUUUAUAAUAAUGCGCUUCAUUUCAUCUCUCCUCUUUAGCAAAAUAAACUCAUUCACUCUUUCUCUCUCUUUUUACUCUCUAAAUUCUACCUGAUUUGCUGAGCGGAGAGCACAAAUAAGCAUUGUUGUAUUUUUAAGUAGUAAAAUUCAGUGCAAUGUUUCGUUGAACAUCAAAAUGCCGUCGUUUUCGGAUAUUAAGAUUAAGGUGGAGCUGUUCGCAUCGAUUGCAUAUAUAUGUGUACGUAUUGUGUACAUGUAUGCACAUUAUUCGAGUGGCUGCAUUAUUAUUGAAUCAAAAUAUCCUCGCAAACCCAAUGUCAGCACUCCAACAGCAACAACAAGAACAACGUCGGCGGUGGCGAAAGCAAUGUUGAUGGUGCCAAUACCUUUUGCGCAACGCAUCCAUCUGACAUAUUUCCAAUAUCAUUGGUCGAUAAAUACCAAACGAACGAAACAUAAGAGCUAUGGACCACCAAACAUAAUAUAUACACAUGCCGUGUACAUAUCGUUAAUAUGUGUUUCAUGUCUAUGUAUAAAUGUAAGUAUGUAUUGUAUAGUAGAAAUUUCAGCUUGCUGUGUGUGCAAUACUGAAAAUCCCUGUACAUGCAGGAAUAUAGAAGAAAUAUUGGCAGCAAAAUAAGGUAGUAAAUACGAAAAUGGAGAUCGUUACUAGAGUAAGUAAGUAAGUAAGUAAGCAUAGAGGUGGAGUAGCUGAACUGUAUAGAAAAUUUAUAUGUACCUGAAAAAGCAUAUAAAGUGUCGUGUCGUGUGAAAGCAAAAAAAUUCCUCUUCAUUUCUUUAUUUUGCUCCACAGAAUUCAAGAAAAUCAAAGAGAGCAUACUAAAAACAUAUUUAUAUAUACAUAUAUAUAUAUAUAUAUAUACAGUUCUAUCAAUCCAGUGUAUUACUCGAGCAAUAACAGUAGCCGUAGCAUUAUUGUAGAAAUAUUUAAAGAAUAAUAAACAACGGAACGGGAAAAAUUGCAUUCGCUUUAGAACGAAUUCUCGAUACUUUCUAUUAUAUGGCUGACAGAUUUCAACUGCGCUUUAUCGCAUGCAUCUUGUAGACGUAUCAAAAUUGCUUAUGCCUACUUUACUCUUUAUAGUAAAUUUAGUAGUGCGGCUUAAAACGUAUAAACUCCCUUUCAAACUUCAAGUUGUUAUCCACAUAUGUUUUUUGAUGUUAUAAGGACUCAGUAUACGCCCAAUCCUCAAUCAUAAAUUGAAGAAAUACAAGAG